CUUAAGUGACAAUUCAGUAUGGUAUUCAUGACAUUGAGAUCAUGUGACACAAGUCAGCACUUCACUUCCAGGGAGAGCUGUACUACAUCAGUCAGAGACUGCAGCUGCUGGAUUCCUGGAACAAUAUAAUUUAAAAAUGAAGUUGGCACUGACCCUUUUCUUGUGCCUGUUGGUGGCGGUGAAGAUAAGCUACUCUCAGGAAGAACCAGAGGAAGCUCCAGCAGAGGUUGCAGUGGAAGCAAAUCCUGCUCAUACUCAGACAGGUGAAGUCCCACCACCCAAGGGUCCCUGUGCAAACUGGAUGGGAGGAGCACCAGGUUACCCUGGCCAUAAUGGAGACCCUGGAAGAGAUGGCAGAGAUGGAAGAGAUGGUGAAAAAGGAGAGAAAGGAGAUGAUGGUGUUUCAGGACCAAAAGGAGAUAGUGGAGAAUUAGGAUCCCCUGGUCUUGAAGGUCCAAGAGGGUUUCCUGGAACCCCUGGAAUGAAGGGUGAAAAAGGAGAAAGUGCAUAUGUCUACCGCUCAGCCUUCAGUGUUGGACUGACUAGCCCUAACCCCCCUGCAAAUGUCCCCAUUAAAUUCAACAAAGUGUUCUACAACCAGCAGAGGCACUAUGAUGAAACAACGGGCAAGUUUCGCUGUAGCAUCCCAGGCGUAUAUUACUUUUCCUAUCACCUGACUGUCUAUAUGAGGGAUGUAAAGGUCAGCAUGUACAAGAGUGAUAAGCCUAUCUUGUUCACUUUGGAUCAGUACCAGGAGAAUAAUACAGAUCAAGCUUCUGGUUCCAUUUUACUCCACCUGGAUGCUGGCAAUGAGAUUUGGCUGCAAGUAUAUGGAGAAGAGCGAUUCAAUGGUAUAUAUGCUAACAAUGAUAAUGACUCCACAUUUACUGGCUUUCUUCUUUAUCCUGAUAUGGAUUAAGAGCUGAUACUUAAUAAGGGAUGGAUUCUCACCACUGAAUCUAAACAUGGACUGUGAAAGUUAGCUCCUUCCUCCCAAAGAUUAGUUUGACAAAAAUAUGGUACUUUUACAAUCUUAGUCAAAUAUUUUUACAUUAGCAUUGUUUUAUCUUUAUGCCAUACUAUUUUCUAAGUCAUAUCGUUGUUUUAUUACACAUGGGACUCUUAAGCUAUUUACUUAAUCUAUUAUAAUACUGUCAGCCAUUCAAGGUGAUUUACUACUUUCUAUGUAUUAAUUCAUAAUUAAUGUUAUGUUAUUAUUUAUAUCAGGAGAUUGCAAGCUUAUGGCAUUAUACUCUCCUUUUAACAUCCCAUAUCUAAAAAUGACACUUUGAACCUGUAUUUAUAUAUGCAUAUGUCAUACAAAGAAAUACAUUACUUAGGAACUGUGAGUCUGGAGUUAAAUCUUUUCAUUUAAAGCAUCCUCGACUUACUUAGAAUCAACACAUCAAUAAUACAAAUGUGUAUGAUUUAUAAAGUUCUUUUUCCACGUUAAAGUGUCUAUUUUAACAGGUUUUCAUGAUAUGAUAAUUUGGAAGGUGUUAGCUUCAUUUCUAUACAUCAGCAACAUUUAUUUCACACUACCUGAAUGAACUGUCUUCCUUCGCAGUGUGCAAGAAUACAAAUUCAAUAAACCAGUGCAAAACAA